GCAGCUCUGUCACACCCAUGCUAUCGGGGUAUAUAUACCUGGUCAACCCCAAGGCUUUGUCUCGUAACCACCAAGUCUCCGUGGAAUCCAGCAUCACCAUCAUAAUCAUGUACUGCCCAACAUGCGGAGGACGAAAAUAUUCCCGGGGUCGUGCUGGUUGUUGCAACUCCGUCAGCCUGGUCAAACGAAGGGAUGACGCCCAUCGCGUUCCGAUGACAAUACUCUCGCAAACGGGGCCAUUUCAAAUCUCCCAACGACGGCUCUCAAAUCUGUGGCCUGCCGGUAUGAACCGGGCUCGAAUGCUGGGGAAUCGAGUCUUAGGUGCUGGAGAUGUCCUUGGACGACCGUAUGAGUCGCCCGACGAAUAUGAGACCUCUAAUCAAGCCAUAGAGUGGCUGAAAUAUCGAGCUCUGAACUGGCCUAGGCAUACUAGAGGCUGUCCUAACCACCGUGGUGGGAAUUACGACCAGAUGUUCACCCUUCGGGUCGAGAGAUUGAGAGAUGCCUGGCGUACCGGAGACGAGGGGUUGCUCUUCGACGAACUUAGGCAGACCCUGGAGUUUUUCGAAGCUCUGAGCAAGCUUUUUGGUCGAGAUGGAGGAGUCUCCCCAGGCCUAUAUGAUGAGGUACAGGAGAUGGGUUUGCACGCUGCACCUCUUGCUGCAUACGUGCCGGAAGCUAUGUUCUAUCUGAUCCUAUACAUGUGGAGGAUGACUGGCUAUGAUCAGGACAUCAUCCGGAGUAUGAUAUAUGCGAUCCCUCCUGUAGACCAGGCUGGUCUUUACGAGUUUGCCAAGGCUAUGUUUUUGGAGGAGGGCCAUGAAGUUGCUCUGCAGAUUGUGUCAAUUUUGUCGGUGACAGAUCAACUUCAACACAGGGACUUGAUUGCAGAGCUUGCGGCUGGUGGUUUGAUCUGAGUACUUUUCCUCUGCCGGUAGCUUCAAAUUCGCGUCUUUCACCAAAAUCCGCCACGAUCUUUAUCUGUAUAGCUCGGACACUUCUACACUUAUAGGACCUCCUUUUUCAUCAAUUUCCUUCUUCAUCGAUUGGUGCUGGAUAUGUUAUGGACAAAAUGAGAAGAUAGUCGGCCUUCGGGGCUUACUGUAUUGUCAGCAUUGGGCUAUCUCUAGCAUAGACAAUUCUACUAGCUUCUGUCAAUAGUGUUGCAUUGGGAGUCUUCUCCAUCCUCGGAGGUUCCGGUACAUUGGAUUCAGCACCAAUAUAGAAGAUUCUUCGCACUUCA